AUGCCGUCGUCCAUAUACGCCGCACCACAGGCAAGCGCAAGCAACGGCGUUGGCAAUGGCGACGGCAAGCCACACGUGCUUGUUGUCCCUUACCCGGCGCAUGGUCACAUGCUGCCUCUCCUCGACCUCGCGGCGCUGCUCACCGCACGGGGCCUCGCGCUCACCGUCACCGUCACGGCAGGCAACGUCCCGCUCCUCGCGACAUUCCUCGCAGCGUUCCCGUCAGUCGCCACCGUCAUUCUGCCUUUCCCUUCCUCGCCGUUCCUCCCGGCCGGGUGCGGCGAGAACACCAAGGACCUCCCGGCCGAUCUCUUCCGCCCGUUCAUGGCCUCCCUGGCGGCCCUCUCCGCGCCUCUCCUCUCCUGGUGCAAGUCCCAGCCCCGCGGCGUGACGGCCAUCGUCUCCGACCUGUUCAUGGGGUGGACACUCCCGCUCAUCGAGGAGCUCGGCGUGCCGCACGUGGCCUUCUCGUGUGCCAACGUUCACUACCUCGCCACGACGCACUCCCUCUGGGUGCAUGUGCCCGGCGACGAGGUGUCAGAGACGAUCCGGCGGAUCUUCCUAUGGAAUAUAGAGAGCUCGUGCUUCGUGGCAAACUUGUUCGUGACGCUCGAGGCGGCCUACGUGGAGCGCCCGCUCCCCGACCUGAUGGCGAAGUGGGUGUUCGCGGUGGGCGCGCUGUCGGACGACGUGCGUGACCGCGUGGUUGGACGGGUUCGACGACGGCUCCGUCGUGUACGUCUGCUUCGGGUCGCAGCAGGCGCUGUCACCGGCGCAGGCGGCGUGCGUGGCCGGCGCUCUAGCGCUGGCUCGGUGGCUUUCGUCUGGGCGGUGAGGAGCGGCACCGUCGUGCCGGAGGGGUUCGAGGCCGCAGCCACGGCGGCGUCACGGGGCAUGGCAAUCCGCGGGUGGGCGCCGCAAGUGGAGAUCCUGCGCCACCGCGCCGUGGGGUGGUUCCUCACGCACUGCGGGUGGAACUCGGUGCUCGAGGCGACCGCGGCCGGCGUGGCAAUGCUCACGUGGCCGAUGGGCGCCGACCAGUUCAUCAACGCGUCGGUGCUUGCGGAGGCAGGCGUGGCGGUGCCGGUGGCAGAGGGUGCCGACGCCGUGCCAGACGCUGGAAAGAUGGCGAGCGUCAUCGCUGCAGCUGUCACAAAGGAGGGGGAGUCCGUGAGAAAGCAUGCGGUGGAGCUCGGCCGGAAGGCGGCCACCGUGGUGGCGGAGGGUGGAACCUCGCACAUUGAUUUGGAAGAGUUGGUGCGUGUGCUCAGUGACGUCGACUACUCCCUCCGUUCCUAA